AUGAAGACAGGGACACUGAAGAAAGGCAGUGUGGAGCUGUGUUGUUACAGGUGUGCCCGUGGCUCUACAUCUUUGGAGUCCUUCCACCUCCACCUAAACCGUUUUAUUCCAGGUGAAUUGCUGGGAAUAGAGUACCUUUACAGCCAGACCGGCAAAACCCUGACUCCGGUGCUCCAGAACCCAGAGGAGGAAGACAGGCUGGUGGAGGAAGUAGAUGACGAGGAUCUACAAGAUGAGGGGUUUGAGGAGGAGAUCAUGGAGGACAUCACAGUUCCAGUGCUGUAUGAGGAUGACCCCUGCCGUGAUCUCAGAAACAGCCCCUCAUCUUCGCCUCUGCCUCAGUCCCCAGCAUCACUGGCUGAGCCGUCCACAUCAGCUGGUGGAGAAGGACAGCUUCCUAGCCGAGCCCCCUCAGUGCCGUCACAGCCAUCCGACUCUGGAGACAGUCUCUCUGUUGAGGCUCAGGGAGUAGUCAUUGGACCUGAUGGCAUUGCUGGGUGGGACAAGGUCCAGGAUCUGGCUGCUUAUUUGGUAGGUCUUCGUGAGGCUCCUUACCUCACUGACCUGCAGGUGACAGAGGCCAUCCAGCUGUGGACAGCUCUCCUGGAUGUUGAUAAACAGCGCAUCAACUACCAGCCUCGACAUCAGCCUCAGCUGACGCAUGGGCGCUUUAAGGCACCAAAGCGCUCCGGAGUCACUCCAGGUGUGGAGAGCGUCAAACGUUGUCUGAUUGGACAUCCUGGGGGUCCAGCACAGUGGCCUAGCACCAGCCGCUUGGUUGAGGCCAUAUGUACAAAGCUGUGUGCCGUACACGAGUCCACUUCCAAGAAGGCUGGUGUUCGCACCCCCAGGUGGUCUAAAAUACUGACCGAUUACCACCACAUCCGGGAUCUGGUGCUUGGCAGUCGCAGGCUGAUGGAUGAAACAGUGAUCCAGCUUUUUGAGCUAAACCAGAAGACGCUCAUUCAGUGGUUUCAACGGAGGCAAAAGGAUCAGGAAAUGAGUGUACUCACUCAGGGACUGACUCCACUUAAUCCAAUUGCUGUGGCAGAUACGCAGCUUCCUUUGCCGAGGGAAAAAUUGGACGAGGCACCGUCAACAUCAGGCCCCAAACACCAGUUUGUUUUUCCUCCAAAUAAAGAAGGACAGGCACCUCUUCUUCGACCUGGACGAAAGUCUGCUUCAGCAACCACCACAGUUUGCUCUUUCCUGCCAGAUGCCACCACGGUGUGCUCCUUCCCACCGGCCCCCACGACGGUAUGCCCCAUCGCGCAAACCCCCACCACAGUCUGCCACAUUGCACCGGCCCCUACCAUGGUGUGCCCCGUCAGACCGACCUUCACCACAGUGCGCCCCAUCUCGCCAGCCUCCACCACAGUGUGCCCCAUCAUACCAGCCUCCACCACAGUGCGCCCUAUUGCGCCGGCCCCCACCACAGUGCGCACCAUUGUGUCUGCCCCCACCACGGUGUGCUCCUUUCCACCGGCCCCCAGCACGGUGUGCCCCAUUGCACCACCCCCCACAGCACCAGGUGUUGUGAAGCCCAUUUCAGGACCUGGAUCAUUGUUUGGCACACUUGUUUUUAACCCAGACAUGAGUGUGUCAAUGGUGAUUCCAUCAUUUGCUGCACCAACAUCCAGUGCAGUCCCAGCUUCACCUGCACCUGCUGUUGCUCCACCUAGGAACAGGCGCAGACGGGAACAGGAGAAGGAAAGUGGAGUCCACAAAAGGAAGUAUGUGCGUGCGGUUACUUUUAAUGUUUGCAGCAAAUGUGGGCAACCCAAGACUAAGGAGUUUGGCCAUAGCCGAUUUGGUAAUGCCACAUUUUGUCUGCAAACUUCAAAUGGCAAAUCCUUAGAGGACUGGUUGGCAGAACAGCGCCAGCAAAAUAAAGGACAAACUCCGGCUCCAGAAUAA